CUCGCCUCACGUCAUACGUCCCACGUCACGUCCCGCCCGCUGCCUGCUGGGAACGGAGGGGCCCGCCCGCUGGCCGGUGCGGCGCGCGCCGGGGCGGCCUCCGCCAUCUUGGAUCGAGACCGGUUGCCGGCGCCGCGCUGCGGAGCGGGGCUUUCUCGCUGGGAGAGCGGCGGGCGCCGCGGGACCCCGCUUCAAUGGAAAGCUGCCAUCCUCCCACCUCCCUGCCCUGCGGCCGACGGAGGGGGAUUUUUCACCCUUUCUUCAGCGGAUGUAUGUUGAAGAGCUUCGCUGGUCUGUCUGCGAGGCCGGGGUGGGUGUGCUGUGGGCUGAGCAGCCGGCAAGGAAAGAUGCGGUCCGGCUCGGAAAGAUGCGGUCCGGCUCGGAAAGAUGCGGUCCGGCUCGGCCCUACGCCAGGUUCUGGCUGGUGCUGUGCCUCUGGUGCGGCCUUCCCCCGGCGCUGCUGGUCGGUGAGCGGUCGGUGCUGCAGCAAAGCGCCGUGUUUAAGGACCUGUAUAUAGACAACAUGGCAAGCCCGGGUAAAGAUAACUUCAGAAUGAAAAGCUACAAGAAUAAUGCACUUAAUCCCCAAGAAAUGCGCAGACGAAGAGAGGAGGAAGGAAUCCAGCUUCGGAAACAGAAAAGGGAAGAACAGCUGUUUAAACGCCGGAAUGUUUCUCUCCCGGGAAGUGAAGAAUCUAUGGUAGAAAGCCCCAUUCAAGAUCCUGAUGUCAGUUCUACUGUACCUAUUCCAGAGGAAGAAGUUAUUACAGUAGAUAUGGUGCAGAUGAUUUUCUCAGAUGACCCUGAUCAGCAACUCACAGCAACUCAGAAAUUCAGGAAAUUGCUAUCUAAAGAGCCUAAUCCGCCUAUAGAUGAAGUCAUACAAAAACCAGGAGUAGUACAGAGAUUCGUGAAAUUUCUAGAGAGGAAUGAAAAUUACACUCUGCAAUUCGAAGCAGCUUGGGCUUUGACAAACAUAGCAUCUGGAACUUUUCUACACACCAAAGUUGUAAUUGAAACAGGAGCUGUUCCAAUUUUUAUUAAGUUGCUCAGUUCAGAACAUGAAGAUGUACAGGAACAGGCAGUGUGGGCUCUUGGUAACAUCGCUGGUGAUAAUGCAGAAUGCAGAGACUUUGUGUUAAACUGUGGAAUAUUGCCACCCCUCUUGGAACUGUUAACAAAUUCAAAUCGUCUUACAACAACUAGAAAUGCGGUCUGGGCUCUCUCAAAUCUCUGUAGAGGAAAGAACCCACCUCCAGACUUCAGUAAGGUUGCUCCUUGCUUAAAUGUUUUAUCAAGACUACUGUUCAGCAGUGACCCGGAUGUAUUAGCAGAUGCUUGCUGGGCCCUCUCUUACCUUUCAGAUGGUCCCAAUGAUAAAAUUCAAGCUGUUAUUGAUUCUGGAGUGUGUCGAAGAUUGGUAGAGCUGCUUAUGCAUAAUGAUUACAAGGUGGUAUCCCCUGCAUUAAGAGCAGUUGGAAAUAUUGUUACUGGGGAUGAUAUCCAAACACAGGUAAUUCUUAACUGCUCUGCAUUACCCUGUCUCUUGCACUUACUUAGUAGUCCCAAGGAAUCUAUUCGAAAAGAGGCAUGUUGGACUGUUUCUAACAUUACUGCAGGAAACAGAGCUCAGAUUCAGGCUGUUAUAGAUGCGAAUAUUUUUCCAAUAUUGAUUGAAAUUCUUCAAAAAGCUGAAUUUCGCACCAGAAAAGAGGCAGCAUGGGCCAUAACUAAUGCAACAUCAGGAGGAACCCCUGAACAGAUUAGGUAUUUGGUAGCACUAGGUUGUACCAAGCCUCUUUGUGACCUCCUGACUGUGAUGGAUUCAAAAAUAGUACAGGUGGCUUUAAAUGGACUCGAAAAUAUUCUACGUCUUGGAGAACAAGAGUCUAAGCAAAAUGGAAUGGGCAUUAAUCCUUAUUGUGCCCUUAUAGAGGAAGCAUAUGGACUUGAUAAAAUUGAAUUUCUUCAGAGGCAUGAAAAUCAAGAGAUCUACCAAAAGGCUUUUGAACUCAUAGAACAUUACUUUGGUGUGGAAGAAGAGGACUCCAGUAUCGCACCACAGGUGGAUGAAAGUCAACAGCAGUUUGUGUUUCAGCAGCAGGAGGCUCCAAUGGAGGGGUUUCAGUUGUAAAGUACUGACAAAGUGAAGACAAGCAAAAAAAUGUAAACACUUGUACGGUUUGGCAUUUUAUGGUUUGUUUGUUUUUUUCCCUGGAGGUCUUUUCGUUAUGGCCAAAGUUAGAGAAGUUGCAUCUGUUUUGCAGAAAUAGAUGAAGAAAAGCAGCUCAUGCACUUUUAUAUAUUGUGUUAGAUACAACUGUUCUUUGUUUUGUAUUUGUGUUUUUCAUUAUCUCCUAUGUACAGAAAACAACUGUGAGUAAUCAUGUCUAAAGUAAAGCAUUAAAUGUGAUUUAACAAGAACUGUUAAGCUAAGAUUUAGUAGGAUUUUAGGUAGUGGUUCUGAAUUUCUUACGUAGUCUCAAACUGCAUAUCAGCAAUACAGUUACUGACAGUUGCAUUUUUGGCAGUAGGCUUGACUUGCCCAGUCUCUAUUAAAAUCUACCUCUUGUAUUGAAGCAGAAACGUUGCUUCGGAACUAAGGCAUGAAAUAAAGAUGAGCUUGUAAGAAGCUGAAUUGGAAUGUGAAAAAUAUUUAUUUAAAUUGUGAAACUUUUAUGCAUUACUUACUUUACAACACGCUGUAGGAAUUUAUUUAUAAAAUGUAUUUAAAGACAUAAUAGAUAUACAUGUGUAAUGCUGAUCACUUAGUAUAAUACUGAAUAUUUGAAAAAGCUUUUCCUGAAUUAUAUGGGAAGAGGACUAUUUCUGAGGUUUUCAAAUUGGAGUCAGAGCAGAGAGCUUGGUCAUUUGAUGUUAAUUAGCUCUGUAAUUAAAGCUGCUAAAUGGGAUUAAAAGUCAGCCACAAAUUCCUUCCAGUGCUUUGCAGUGGAAGCAGUUGCUGUAGUUACCAUGAGAAUGCUGCGAUUUAUGAAUGACAGAAAUGGUGAUUUGCACAAAUCACCAAGCAGAUGGUUUACAGCUGUCUCUUGUCAAAAUCUGAUAACAUCGCUUCAGUUUGAGAAACAGUGCAAUGUUUGCCUUUCUAGUAGAGUGGCUUCUUAAAAGUUUAGGCAGCAGGUGUUAUUUUUUUGACCAAAUGCGCUACAGCCACUUGAAUUGUUCUUUAACUCGGUUUUCUUUUGGUAAGACAAUAGGAAUGCUACAGUGGAGAACGAUUAGCAAAUUGCUCCUUUCCAGUUGAAGGAAAAGUUUGUUGAACUGUAAAUAGCAUUUAGUGUGUGGACACCAAAACUAACUAGAAGUUACUGUCAUCUAAAUAUUUAGGCUCUACAGUAUACAGUGUUUGCUGUUUGACCACUAAAAGAAAUAGAACUCUAAUAUUUACGUUAACAAUUUUGAAUACAGAAAAACGUGUGCUCUGCUUUGACUUGCAUAUAAGUAGUGUUUCUGGUGCAUUAGUAGUAUAUCUAAUUUGGAGAUACUAAUACUUUGGGAUAACUCUGAAGUAUGAUUACUUUUUAUUACCUGUAAUUAAUGCAUUAACAGCAAACUCCUGGGUUAAGUGAAAUCCUUGACAUAUGAGAGCAUUUUGUGCUUCACAAAAAGCUGCAAUUUAAAGUUACUUAGCCCGUGGCACUGUGCUUGUCACUAAUCAAUGUUUUAAUGCACUGAAAAAUACAGGUUAAAGAUGGUAUCAUGUACAGUACCAUUUUCUAUUUAGACUUUUUUUUACAUGCAAGUUAAGAUUCUAAGAUGUUUCACUUUGAUGUUACAGCAAUAUAUACUAUAUUGUAAUUGAAUGUGGGACUUGAAGUGGAUUUUCUAAGAUUAAUGGUCAGUUUUGACUAAGAUGUCACUGGGAGGGAAGAAACUACUUUCUGAAGUCUUUUUAGUGGCAGAUAGAAAUGUAUAUAGGAGUGCUGUUACUUUACGAACUCUGAAUAAUGAGAUAUUUUAGCAAAUGACACUUUAAACCUAGAUUUGUACAGCAUACAACAGUUUUGAACAGUGUGAAACUAUUGAGUACAGCUGCCAAAUUUUCAUAGAAUAUUAGAUGAUUGUAUUUGUGUCCUUUUUACUCUCAUAGUUUUAGGUUUUCAUAUACUGACCUUCCUUCUUUCCUCCCCCAUUCACUUUGUUCAAAGUACAGGGUAACAAUCAUGAAAGUUAAACAGGAUUAUUAGUAAAUGCUGAACUUCAGUGUUCUUCUAGUGUAAGAAAAUUAUUCAGGUAACAGGGUAUUCCAUUGUUUCUAACAACCUUGUUUUGAUAACGUAACCAGCUGUGCCUGCUUUUUAUUUGGAGAACCCUGUAAAAACUGCAUUUCUUAAGCCUCUCUAAACCAAAUCCGAACUACAAAAAUCUUAAUUAAAAGACUUGAAAAUGAAGAAAAGAGGGGAUGUUUAAAGUAUUACAUUUGUUUUGACAUAAUGUCUUCAGUUUUGUGGAUAUAUUAUUUGGUAUGUGUGAAUGGUUAGUGACUGCACUUUAUGCAUUUAGGUAAGCUAUAUUUCAUGCCUCUGAUACAUUUAAAUGUAAUGGUUUAAAAGGGAACUAAAAUUGAUGGACUUUGGCUAAUGAAAGUCAUUAUUUAAACUCAACAGAUGGUAUACCCUAAAAUGGAUUAAAACUAAUAAUGAAAAGGAUAAAUGUACAGGAUGGCCUCUUCUGUUUUAUCACAGACUUUACAUCACGCUUUGUUAAAAGCACUUAAGUGAACAAUAUAAAACCAGAGGUGAUGACUUAAGGUCAGCUCUGGUGCAGUCGUUUGCAGGUAGGAGUAUGAAUGUGAUGGUGUUGCCUAAACAGAUGAAACCAGCGUGGAGAUAAAGAGAAGUAACUGAGAAGAAAAUCUCUCCACGUUUGGUAUUUUGUAUGUUUUCUGAAUUGCCUCAUCAAUUACAGGGUUUUGACUUUAUUAAAAGGGUACCAUUUGUUCUGCUUAAAUGUGAUAGUAACUAGCUAAUCUAUGCAACUAUGCAUUUUUUUAGUUCCCUGCACUUGAUACACUGAAUCAUAUCUGAUUUUUUUCAUCUUUGCACUUUUGUCUGAGGACUGGUUCAUACAGCUUUUUAAUUUUCUAGUAUUUGCUUUAAACACUGUUGCUAGCAGCAAUCAGAAAAUAGUAAUAAUGUUGGCACAGGAAUAACUUAGCUGUAGAACAAGUUUGCAACUGGAAAAUAUUUCUUGUCGGGUUUGUCUUACAAAAACAAUAAAAAAUAGAAAAGGUGCACUAUUGUCUUUCCUCCAUGGUUAGUUCUCAGUGGGUUUAGAUUUUUUGAACUGUACAGCUGAAGAUUUUUGUAACGUGUCUGCCACUUGAUAUGUGAAGUUUAACGGUGACCUGAAGAGUUCACUGACAUGUGAAAUGAGAAAUUUCAGUUACUUAUGGCACAAUUUCUUCAUAUAACGUGUGGAAGCUAAAAUGCCUGUACUAACUUCAGAUAGUAAUAGUGCAUCUUUAAACCCAGGCUAAAGGCCCAUUACUGUAACAGAACACAUUAUGAGUAGUAUGCAAUAUUACGGAAUGUUAAAUCUCAAAAUACCUACAGAAACCAAUAAAACCUAUUUUACAGA